UUAAAAAAAUGCCUUUUACUAAAAAUUUCAUACCAUUAAUAAAAAAUGGUCAAAAUUUACCACCUUUACCUUCCAUAAGCGAUAUCAUUCAUCUAUAUAAGCUCAGUGCUAUACGUCAACUUGCUCAAAAUUUUAUACUUGAUAUGAAUUUAACUCGUAAAAUUGUAAAACAGGCAGGGAAUCUUAAAGGUUCACAUGUUUGCGAAAUAGGCCCUGGGCCUGGAGGCAUUACUAGAGCUAUAUUAGAAAAUAAUAUUAAUGAAUUGGCAGUUAUUGAGAAAGACAAACGAUUUUUGCCAUCCUUACAAAUUUUAGCGGAUUCAGUUACAUCAGAAACAAAAAUGUCAAUUUAUCAUGCAGAUAUUUUAAAAUUUCAAAUGGAUUCCAUAUUUCCACAAAAUGUAGCUACUUCAUGGAGUGAAACUGACUCUAAUAUCAAUAUUAUUGGAAAUUUACCCUUCAACAUAUCACUACCUUUACUCCUACGAUGGCUGAGGGAAAUGGACGCCCGAAAUGACCUCUUCGCAUUGGGCAGGGUCAAGAUGACGCUCACUUUCCAAAAAGAGAUAGCCGAAAGGAUGAUAGCUUUACCCGGCAGUAACCAAAGGUCCAGGUUAUCAGUUAUAACCCAAUCUCUGGCACAUGUCGACCAUAAAUUCACUUUCUUGGGAAAGGCCUGUGUCCCCCAGCCCCAAGUUGACGUGGGCGUAGUAAAUAUUCACCCCAAGGAAAAACCUACCUACGAAAUGUCCUUCGAUAUAUUUCACAAAGUCGUUACCUCCAUUUUCAAUUUCCGUCAGAAGUUUUGCAAGAGAGGCGUCGAAAACUUGUUCCCCCUACCCGUGAAGGACGAAAUGACCCACGAGAUAUUUCAUAAAUUACCGCACAUUCACCCGAGCACCCCAAUUUUCAAGCUGGAGAACGAGCAUUUCAAUGAUAUAGCUCACGCCUACUUGGAAAUUGUCCAGCGCAUCCCUGGCUUAGUUGAUUACGAUUAUAGGCAACCAAAGAGUCAGCAGCAUUUAUGGGCUCAAAAUAUGUUUUGAAAAAAAAAAAAUAUUGGCGGGAAUACAUAGCCUCAAAUAUCCUAGCACCGCCAUGACGAAUUGGCGCGCAAAUAGGGACGUUUCCUUAUUUAUAAAGAUACUUAAUUAUUUUUAAUAAAUAAGAUAUUAUUUAUUAUAACCAUAAUAUCAGAAUUAUAUGUGUAUUAACUUUUUUCGAAAAAAUUUUUUUUUAUAUAUAAUUCUUCUGAAACAUGAA